AUGAAGUACGUCGAAGAUGAUUCGUCGGCUUUCGUCAGCACCUACCGAAACGACACCUACAGCUCCUCCCUCGAAUCCUUGACCUCCGUCUCGUCCGGUUCGGUUUGGUCUGCAGCUUCCUCCCAAUCCUCCACUUCGACCUCCCCCACCAACACAUCCGACUCCGGCUCGGCCGAUUCGUACUCUUUGUCGCGAUCUUCGGUUGCGUGCGACGCUGCCGUUAGAUUCACGAGCCUCUGGGCCAAACAGCCUGCACAGCAAGCCCCUGUUGCCCUUCCCCAAGACUUGCGACAGAAUCCCAGACGGACCAGCGCAAGCAACACCCGCUCUGGUGGCCCCCCGACUUUGGUCCGACAGGCCGAGCGCAAGGUCAACUUUGUCGACAACCUCGUCGAUUCUUCGACCCAGAUUGUUGAGGCCAUCUGGCCCCUCUCUUCUGUCGUUUGCCGCAAUGAGCUCGGAAGCAAGGCGGUGCUGCCGCUGCGCACCUUUAUCCAGGAAACCCUGCGUCGCUCGCGCACUAGCUACUCUACCCUGCAAGUUGCCCUGUACUAUCUGAUUCUGAUCAAGCCCCAUGUCCCCAAGCACGAUUUCACCAUGGAACAACCCGACGACAAACAUGAAUGCCGCGCGCUUCAGUGUGGCCGUCGCAUGUUCCUUGCCGCGCUUAUCCUUGCUUCAAAGUAUCUUCAAGACCGUAACUAUUCCGCCCGAGCAUGGAGCAAGAUUUCGGGCCUCAACACGGCAGAAAUCAACCAGAACGAGAUUGCUUUUCUGCUGGCCGUCAACUGGAAAUUGCACAUCACCGACGAAGUCUUCCAGCGAUGGACCGAAAUUGUCCUCAAGUACACACCCCCGUCCCCCCCUGCACCAGGUACUUCGGCCCAGUGGUACGCGCAGCAGAGCUCGAACUGGAAGAUGGUCAUUCUCAAGUUGAACCCCGAGUUGGACAACAUCGAAGGCUUGAUUCCCAUGGCGCAUGUCAAUCACACACCCCGCAGCUUUCCCCGGCAACGCACCAUGCUGUCGGCGGCUCGGGAUGCCCUCCCUGCCACCGGCGCCUGUGACUUGGCCUACGACUCGGCAGAGCUCACCCCUACACUGAGAUCCUAUCAAACCCCGACUGUCAUGGAGCCUACUCCGGCUACUGCUUACACUCCGGGUCGGCUGGCUCCCGCCCUCGGUCUUCUUCCCACUCCCCGCCUUACGCCUCAGUCGAGCGGAUACAACACUCCUGCCGUGAGUGGUGCAUCACACCUCGUUGGCAAAGGCAGCGCGAUGGGUCUCGCCAUGGCUCAGGCCUCCUGCGUCACUGCCACCCAGUGCCUGGAUCGCUGGUCUUCCGUUCUGAAUAACUCAUCGCCAAAGGGGUAUUGUCCCGUUCGCCGAUCUUCUCUCGCCACCUCAAUCUCGACUGCCUCUUCUCCCGAAUCGAUGGUUUCCGACUCGUCGCGAACCUCGCGCUCUUCCUCCAUCUCAUCCGCCUCGUCACUGGCUAGCGCGCCGGCUCCCAACUUGGGUGUCCAGGCGCGAUUCCGGUCUGCGAAGCUGUGCAGUGAGAGGUCGAGCCUGAGACCGACGAUCGCCUCGGUCCCUGAAGAUUACGAAGAGAAUUGCAUUACGUCAUCGCCUGAGUCUUACACCGGCCCGGUGGGAAGACUGGGCGACAUGUCGUUGGACACCCCCUUGGCUCCAAGAGAAAGCGAACUGGAGGACAUGGUCCACGACCCCGCGAAUGAUGCUGCACGAGCGCUUCAAGAACUACAGAAUUACCGUUCUGACGAUACCACCCCAGUUGGCAUGUCUUCGCGCAAGCGCGCUCGCGGUGUCUCUAUCAUUGAUGCCUCCCUCCAAGAGAACGUUCGCGACAUGUUGUCAGGCAAUUACUCUGGCAAGCAGUGGGCUCAGUCUCUGGUUCGCCCCAGGACUACCCAUUUGGUUAUGAACGAGCGAGGCUCCCCUCGCAAGCGCGUAUGUUGCGACAACGAAGCGACGCCUGGUUACGAAACUGCCCUUCACUCCAUCGAUGGAUACCGCGGACCGGGCAUGUGGGAUGGGAUCCUCAACUAA